CCCACGUCAGCAAAUACCUUUUGUUUCUCUCACGUUCGGGCUGCCAGGGCUCGGGGCUGCGCGACCAGCACGGCGCCGUGAGCCGCAGCGAGCCCCGAGCGGGGGCCGGGACCCCGCAUCCUCCGCCUGCUCCUCCCGGCCGAGCGGCAGCCGCCCGCGGAACCCAGCCGAGCAAGAUUUCCUGUUACUCCCUCACUGGAAUGGAGAUUUCUUCCCAUCAGUUUCACCUCCUAGAGCAGUUAAAUGAACAACGGAAGCAAGACUUAUUUUGCGACUGCAGUAUCCUGGUGGAGGGGAAGGUCUUCAAAGCACAUCGAAAUGUCCUGUUUGCCAGUAGUGGAUAUUUCAAAAUGCUGCUUUCACAGAGUUCCAAGGAAACGAGUCAGCCAACAAUAGCUACUUUUGAGGUCUUCUCUCCAGAGACAUUUAUGGUUAUCCUGGACUUUGUGUAUUCAGGCAUAUUGCCUUUAACCGGUCAAAAUGUGAUCGAAGUUAUGUCAGCUGCUAGCUAUCUGCAGAUGACGGAUAUUCUUAAUGUCUGCAAGACAUUCAUUAAAUCCUCUCUGGAUAUUAAUGAAAAGGAAAAGGAUCAAUACCUUAGCCUUUCAGCCAAAAGUACCAACAGUGAACCUGCUCAUCCAACUCUUUAUCGGUCAAGGAGAAAAGCAAAGAGCAACCCAAGGCGUUCCUAUUCAAUUCCAGAUGAAAAGGCUAAUACGGUGAAUGAAAACUCGUGGAGUAGUUACAGCAGCUACCUGUCUUCACAGGUGAUUCUUCAGCGGGCAGAAACACAGCUAUCAAAGAGGGGCAGAAAACAGAGCUCAACGAGAAAGCGCCGAAAGCAUCUAGGAUUGUCCCAGACACGUGAUGUUGGGCAGUACAAAUCAAACAAAGCCGAGCGGGCUGGCGAAGGUUGUAAUGCAUCAGACUCUAGCCACCUCCCUCGGGCUAGAGAGGAAGCUGAAUUUGAUGCUGAGAACGAUGUUGAUCAUGAUGAUUAUGGAUAUAAUCACGAAUCAGAAGUAAUACCGAAGAGGUGGUCUGUUGCUCAGCUAGAACAAGAACUUUCGCGAACUUCUCCUGAGUUCAUGGAAUUAAAAGCAGAAGAACUGUACACCUCAGUGCCCACAGUUUUAGGUGUAAUGAGUAGUUGGAAUGAAGGUGACCUACCUCGGAUGCGAUUCAAGUGCCCCUUCUGUACGCACACCGUAAAACGACGCGCAGACCUGAAGCGACAUCUUCGGUGUCACACAGGGGAGCGACCGUACCCGUGCGAAGCGUGUGGGAAGAGAUUCACUCGACUGGAGCAUUUACGUAACCACUUCCAAACGAUACAUCAAGCCGGCAAACUUAUCUGCAGAAAAUGCAAGCGGCACGUAACUGACCUAACAGGAUGUGUUGUUCAGCAAGGAACAAGACGCUACAGACUGUGCCAUAAGUGUCUAGCAGAAGCUAAUUUUGACAGCAACCCUGACGAUUUAGAUGCAGAACAUUCUCCUGUCACCCCCACAGGAAACAAACAUUCCAGUUGGGCUUUGGAAGAGGAACACAAAUCAGAUGAUGAAACAGUGGAGGAAGAACCGUAUAACUUGGUUGUCCGACGUGUUAAUGAUGAUACUCCGAAUGAGGCAGAUGAAAAGGUGAAACCAAAUCUUAGGUAGAUAUAUUUGUAUAUUUGUUAUUGCUGUAUUCAAGAUUAAAUUACUUGUGUUCUACCAACUAAUGCUGGUUUAUUAGUUCAUUAAAUAUUGUUAAAGUUAUGUUGUAAGAAACAAAAUAGGGCUACAAACAAGUUGCUUUGUACUCACAGACACACAACAGUGUAACUACUUCUAAACAUCAUCCAGAAAUUACUUAUUAUCUGGAAACUAUUUAGAAAAAUUGCUUUAUAUUUCUUCAAAGAAUUACACAGAGCUCCUGUUCAUAAUGAAAGUAUAAACUAUUUUACAGUUCCACAAGGAAGAUUCUAUACUACAUAGAUUUAAAAAAAAAAGAUAAUUUGCUUUGAAAAAGUCUUACAAAAGCAUCUCAGAAAAGUAAAAGAAUUUCGUUGACACUGUAAUUAACAUGUAUAUACACUUAAACUUCCUAAGAAAGGAGUAAACAAAUAGAAUUCUUCCUGCUGUACUGCAGCUUUGUUUUCUGAUUGAUCUGUUUCUUAUAGUUCUGAAAAGCAUGAAUCGUUUUAAAGAAUAAACACCGCCAUACAGAGCAGAAUAAUGAAUAGCACAUCUGUAGUGGAUUUCCAUAGUAUGAGUUUGCCUUUUCAGAUAUGAAGUUUUUUUGUACUGUGAGUUUUAAACAAAGAUAAACUAACAUGGUUCCAAGGAAAUAAAAGCGCAAUCACUGGAAGUACAGUUCUCAGCUUUCUUCCAUUUUUUUCAGGACCGGUGCAAGAUUUGCUUAAACUCUUGUCUAUCUUAUGCUAAAAUACCACAGAGGACAAGCCUCUUUAAUUUCAAUGGGACACAUCAUGUAGCUAUUUUAGAAAAGCUAUUCUACUUACAUAUAAAAAAAAAAAAUAGGAUGCUCAAAGGCUACUUGACCAAACAAUAAAAAUUAUAAACAAUUUCCCUUAGAGUUUAAGCAACCUUUGCACUUCUGGAGCCUUCAGUUUUAGUAAUGAUAUUCUUUUUGCAGUCUUACUCUUUCUGAGUAAGAGAACCACCACUCCCUAGAGAAACUGAAAAUGGUUAGUGAUUUUUUUUUAAAGGUGAAGUGAAAAAAUAUAAGCUUUUUGGACUGAGUAGAGAAUGGCAUUAACAAUGGGAACUCUUGAUAAAGAACCACUGUUUGUUCUCAUGUCUCUUUUUUAUUCCACUUUUCCUUAGAAAGCAAGGUUAGCAGGACUUGUAGCUUAAGGUUACUGACAAACGAGCAAAAAUUCCCUUUGUAGAAUUUAAGAGCAGUCAUACUGAUUCAAGGUUCUGUCUCCACUAGUUGUCAUUAGCAGAUAACUACGGGAAAGUGAGAAGAGGACAACCCUGUAUAAGAAUUCCCUAAUGCUCUCCCUGACUCCAGACAUUUUCAGUUUAGGGGAUUUUCUUAAUUUAGGAUUUAGCACAUCUAGCAAUCACCAACGCAUGUCUCUUUUAAGUACUGCCCCACUCUACCCUUAGACUCAUCUACGCUUACAUCAACAGUAUCCUUUAGCAAACACCUCCGCAGGUUUAGCAUGCCUGUGUAAAACCCUCUCCUUUGAACCGCUCGCAGAACUGCCACUACUGCCUCCAGCUGAUCUCACAGGGACUGCACAUGAAAAGCUUUCUCAACUAACAGCAAAAAAGGGAGGUUUUGCUGUUGAAGCAUGUUUAUGAAGUAACCAAUUGCAGGUAGUGUUGAGCUGGGCUCCAGCUGGGUGUAGAAUAUGGCCAGCUGAGAAAACAGCUGCUUACUGAGGCCUGUCACUCUUGCAGCUGUUAAAAUGGAGAAUUUAAGACCUGUUUUACAGUAUUUAAAUAUUGAAAAAAAUAAAUGAGUAACAAUUAAGUGCUUUUCUAUUAAGUUCCUGUCAGCAUCUGUAAGAGCAGAGCGGUUUAUGGUGUCACUACAGGUUGUGACUGAUGGUGUACAUGGCCUUUUAGCACUACCAAGUUAAACUGCAUUAACGUCCCUUCUAUCGUUUUCAGUGGGGGAAAAAAAAAAAAGGGAAAGGGGUAAAAGGAAAGCCCAGCCUCUCCCCCCUGCACCCACCUCACAGCCCCGCACUCGCCUCAGGCGCUGUGGAGAUCAAAACCGCCUCACACUCGACGCCCAAUUGGCUAACCGCGGUCACCUGACCCAGCCAGCCAAUGAGGUGUCAAAGCCGCUGCUGAGGGGCGGUAGCGGCGCUGGGCCGGGUGAGGGGCCGGAGCGGUGACGCCGAGCCCGCCCUGGCCGCCACUGGGGGCCCUGGGCUGUUGGGCUGGGGACAGGCCCACGUCUCGCUACUUCUCCACGGCUCCACCGUGCUGGCACUGUCCCGUGUCCCAGCAGGACACCACGGACACGUGCUGGAGCCCUGGGGCUCCUUUAGAGGGGAGAGAAGACCCGCUGUGUGAAAAUCGUACUUGUUCAAACAUGGGCCUGCUCACCUCAGCAGAGAACAAAGCGCAAAUGUAACCUAUUAGACUCAAAAAUCCACCAGCCAGAGUUACUCACAGCCAAAGUUAUUCACACAAAUCCAUUAAUUCUUUUAGUUUUAUUUCAGCAUUGAAGCUUUCUCAAAAAACUGAAGGGAUUUUAUCUCUCAUCUUCACAAUAGGAAAUAAAAACUGUCUGGUCUAUUUAAGAUGGUUUUACAGCAAAAUAAAGAUGAGAUUUUACCUCCAGUGGUAAAGCACCUCUAGAAUUUAUCAUAAAAACAGGUCAUGGCAGUGCAGACCUUCCCUUACUCACUGUGCCUAUGUCACAUUUGAAUAGCAAUGGCAGGUAACGCACAUUUGCUGUCCCGUGAUUUAAAACAAAACUUUUUUUUAAUUAUUUUUGAUUUACUGAACUCAAGUCUAGUGUUUGACAUUAAAGGAAAAGCUAAAAGAAGCUUUUCAGGGGUUAGACACAGUCUCAGAAUGCUGUAUUAACUGAAAA